AGAGACACAAAUAUACCUAUCAUGCAGUAGAUAAGGGGUAAAAAAGGACCGAAAAACCCUACAGUCUUAGUAAAGGAAAUUUAAAUCUAUUUGAUUAAAAAAAUGCGUGCGCGGCCUGCCGCGAUAUGCUGUACUUCCGGGACUGCGCACAAUGCGGCUGCGCAGGGGAGCUGCCGCUCUUCCAGGCGCAAGCGUGGGACCGCAGCGGCAGGACUGAUUGCUCCAAGGCUGCUGUGGCCUCGCCGGCGUUUCAAAGUUCGGUAUGGCUGUCCCCGCGGCGGCAAUGGGGCCCUCGGCGCUGGGCCAGAGCGGUCCAGGCUCAAUGGCUCCCUGGUGCUCCGUUAUCAGUGGCCCGACUCGCUACGUGCUUGGGAUGCAGGAGCUGUUUCGCGGUCACAGCAAGACGCGCGAGUUCCCCGCGCACAGCGCCAAGGUGCACUCCGUGGCUUGGAGUUGCGACGGGCGUCGCCUGGCCUCGGGGUCCUUCGACAAGACGGCCAGCGUUUUCCUGCUGGAAAAGGACCGGUUGGUCAAAGAAAAUAAUUACCGGGGUCAUGGGGAUAGUGUGGACCAGCUUUGUUGGCAUCCAAGUAAUCCUGAUCUCUUUGUCACCGCAUCUGGAGACAAAACCAUUCGAAUCUGGGAUGUGAGGACUACGAAAUGCAUUGCUACUGUGAACACUAAAGGAGAGAACAUUAAUAUCUGCUGGAGUCCUGAUGGGCAGACCAUUGCUGUAGGCAACAAGGAUGAUGUGGUGACCUUUAUCGAUGCCAAGACACACCGUUCCAAAGCAGAGGAGCAAUUCAAGUUUGAGGUCAAUGAAAUCUCCUGGAACAAUGACAAUAACAUGUUCUUCCUGACAAAUGGCAACGGUUGUAUCAACAUCCUCAGCUACCCAGAGCUGAAGCCUGUGCAGUCUAUCAAUGCCCAUCCUUCCAACUGCAUCUGUAUCAAGUUUGACCCCAUGGGGAAGUACUUUGCCACAGGAAGUGCAGAUGCUUUGGUCAGCCUCUGGGAUGUGGAUGAGUUAGUGUGUGUUCGGUGCUUUUCCAGGCUGGAUUGGCCUGUGAGGACCCUUAGUUUUAGCCAUGAUGGGAAAAUGCUGGCAUCAGCAUCGGAAGAUCAUUUUAUUGACAUUGCUGAAGUAGAGACAGGAGACAAACUAUGGGAGGUACAGUGUGAGUCCCCGACCUUUACUGUGGCCUGGCACCCCAAAAGGCCUCUGCUGGCAUUUGCCUGUGAUGACAAAGAUGGCAAAUAUGACAGCAGUCGGGAAGCUGGAACUGUGAAGUUGUUUGGGCUUCCUAAUGAUUCCUGAUAGGAGGACCUGACACAGGGAGAGGAAGCCCUGGCAGAGACCUUCCUUUGUAUACUUAGUUUGUAUGUUCUCUUGGAGUUUAUUGGCACCUAAAGUAUUGUAAACUGAUAUAAAUUACACAUGUCUUUUGUCAGUCUGCCUAUUCCAGUUUCCUUCCUAUUUGUUAUGAUAGCUGUUCCCAGGAGGACUCUGCAGUGAUGACACCAGCAUAUCUUGUCCCCUGGGGGCCACCUGGAUUCCCUGCUUUUGGGUGUAUGGUGGACUUUGUUGGGCUUGCUUUACUUGGUCAAUACCCAGUUUGGAGGGGUGGGUGAGGAAGGGUGAGAUGGAGACAGAUUUUUUUUUUAUAAUAAAAAGAUAUAUAUAUAAUUUUGAGAAUUGAGCAUUAAUAAAACUGGCUUUUUAAUUAUGGGAUUUCUAGGACUUUAAAAAUUAUAUUAUUAUUUUCUUCUGUUAUCAUAGGAAGAUGUUGCAGUUUUACAUUUUUUAAAAAAAGUCUCAUAUUUCAAAGGUUGUAAUUUUAUCAUUUAAUGUCCUAACCAAGAAUUAUGUGAAAUGCAGGGACAAAGCAUGGAGUGCACUGACAAUAGCAAUCCUUAAAGUCAUCAGCUGUUUUUAUGUGUGUAUGUAUACCAGGCCUCAUUCUCCAAUGGAUUUGUAGACAAUGAAUUUAUGACACACUUUGGGAAAAGUACCAAAAUAUAAGUGAGAAAUACAAAAUGAGGAUGAGGCAUAUGUAUUAGAGUAGAAAGUGAAGACUGAAGAAAUGAAACUAGAAAUAUGCUGAGAAUAUGACCUAAUGGAAUGAUUGAACAUAAAUUUUGGCUCUGCACUCCCUGAUGGCAGAGUGAAGAAGGGGUAAGUCAGAAAUUCUUCACUAAAAAGACAAGCACAUACCAGCUAAUGCUUUGUUAGCUCUCACCUCCAAAAGAAGUGUUUCCUGUAGAGGAUUAUUACCUGUGAACAGUAUCUUGAUUUUCAUUGUAUUUUAACAGAUCUUGGCA